CUCUGGUGUGUGUGUGUGUGUGUGUGUGUGUGUGUGUGUUUCCCACUUGUUUACUUGCCAAAGGAGAAGCUGGGAGUGGUUGAGCCGGCUGGCAGGAUGAGGGGUUUGGGCUAACGAGGUCACACCCUGUUAGCUGUGGUGAUGAUGAUGGUCCUCCCGCCCUUGCCAGUGUGACUGACACGCACAGUCCUUCCUACCCACCCCAGUCCUUCCUCCAUAGCCCACCACGCUACAUGACAGCAACACUAGAGCAGGGAGCUGAGCUGUCCAUGGUACUGAAACCAGGAAACAGAGAGAGGGAGGGAGAGAGAGAGAGAGAGAGAAGGAGGAGGAGGAGGGGGAAGCUCUACCGCUGCGAGGUGGGUAGGCGUGUUCUUUGUGUUGUAAAGGCUGGGUUAAUGUGCCGUGGCAUCUACACGCAGCCGAGCUCCACAUCCGAGAGAGUGUGUGCAAGACUGGGAGAGACAUGCCCAACCAAGCCCCAGAGUCGCAAGCGCCUGCCGGGGAUAUGCACACACUUCACCUGAGUGAGAGGAGCGCAGCGUGAGUGCCUGGACUGUUUUGGACCGCCUCUGUGGAGUUUUACGAGUGUGUGCGUGUGUCUGGACCAGUGCCUGGUACUUGUAGGACAGUGAGUGCAGGACGUGUGUGUGUGAUGAAUGUGUGUGUGUGUCUGAGUGAGUGAGUGCACGUGAGUUUUUGGAGAGGAUGUUCACUGCAGGUUGCUUUGGUGUCGAUGGAUUUUCAUAACAUGGGCAGAUGAGGAGGGAAGUGGACUCUGAGCCGGAGUUCUGCACUGAAUGGACACAGGAUUCAGGGGUCUCGAGGUACCCAAAGGAGGGAGUUUAUAGUUAGGCCACCAUCUGGGGGAUCUCCCUCCCUCUCCCCUUCCAGGACUGGAGACUGGAGUUCUGUGUACAACUCUGUGACUUUUACCAUGGCCAUCAUCCUCUAUGUGGAACCAGCGUGGAAUUCUCAGGAACAUGGUCAGGAGUUCUCAGAGCUUUCAAGGUUGUACUGGAUUUGCCUGAGAAGUGGUUCCGUGCAUGUGUCCACAGGAACUCAGCCUCUCUAAAGCUCUGGUGGAUUGCCUGUAAAGGAUGAUGAGCUCAAAAGAGGACACUCUUCGGUUUUUCCAGUAUGUUGAAGACAGUGGACUAAGAGCCUACAAAGGAUUGAUCACUCACAACCAAGACUUUGUCAGGAAUGAGAAAAACAGGACUAUUGGUCAGGAGAAAAACGACAAGAAAAGAAAGCAGGAAGAAGCCAUAAAGAGUACUGGAGAGGACAUUGUGACGGAGGGGAAGCACCUGCGCAUUGGCUCCAUGACGAUGCCGGCCGCUCCGGAGCGCGUGGCACACCCCUCCUGUGGCCCCGGCUUCGCUGUGCGCUCCCAGUCGCUGCACUCGGUUGGAGGCGGAGGGGAGGAGGACGGCAGCCCUACCUCUCGCAAGCAGCCCCCGCCCAAACCCAGACGGGACCCCAACACCAAGCUCAGCAUCUCCUCGGAGACGGUGGACCUGGCCUCCUCCACCUGCAGGAGUGGAGACCCAGACAAGUGUGAUGCUUCUCAGGGUUGCAGUGAUGAAUGCAGGAGGGUCCCCCCACCCAAGCCCAAGAGGAACCCCAACACGCAGCUGAGCAUUUCUUUUGAUGAGUCCUACAUCAGGACCCACAGUUCCAAGGGCUCGCCUCCAGCCUCCCGGGGGUCUCUGGCCUCCUCGCCCCCGGAGCCACAGAGCCCGCCCGGACGGGACUCGGACUCGGACGAACCGGUGUACAUCGAGAUGUCGGGGAGCGCGGCGGCGGUGGCGGCCCGGGAGGUACAGCGCAGUGAGGACGAUGAGCCCGGAGAGGCUGUGUACGAAGAGAUGAAGUACCCGGCGCUGGAGGAGCUGGACUCGUUCUGGGAGCCCUCGGGGUUCCGCUCGCAGUGCGCCACCCCGUGCCCACCGGACCAACCCGAGCCCCUGGGCAGCCGCUGCUCUACGCCGCGUGGCACCCCACUCUGCGACAUCCCUGCGCCCUUCCCCAACUUGCUCACGCACAGGCCGCCGCUGCUGGUAUUCCCUGCGGCCCCCGCCCAGUGCUCGCCGAACUCGGACGAGUCCCCGCUCACACCCCUGGAUGUGGCCAAGCUACCCAUGCUGGAGAAUGCCUCCUACAGUAAGUCCCCCACGUCCUCAUCCUCCAUGGAGCCCUCGAUCUCCUCUUCGGCCUCCUCCUCCUUCUCGCACCACCGCCGCCGGGCAGAGCGCGAGCUCACCGCCACCCCCACCAUUACUGUCUCUGGGCGCUCGUCGGCGCCUCCCCUGUCCUGCACCCUCUACAAGUCCUCGGCGUCGGGCCAUGGCUACCAGCGCAGCCACUCGGCCUGCCCCUCCCCCGUCAGCAUGGGCCGCUGCCUCACUCCGCUCAGCCUCAUGAGGGUGCCACCUUUCGACGGACCCUUCCCCAACGCGGGGCUGCCCCGCAGCGCCUCGGCCACCCCACAUGGGAAGGGGUCGCCCCCUCAAGAAGGUGGGCGGCUGCACGGCUCCAUGCAGAAUGUGUCCAUGGGCCGCUCCCGCACCCCUACCAGCCCUCUUGAUGAACUCACCAACCUGUUCACCACCGGCAGGAACAUGCUGAAGAAGAACACCAGUGGCAGGAAGUCCAAAGAGCCUGGAGAGAGCGAAUCCAAGGGAAGGUGCCACAGUUCCGAGUCCAAAAAGGAAGGAAAAGAUCGACACCACAAAGAAUCAAAGCGAGAGAGCAAAGAGCGGCACAGUAGCUCCAAAGAAUCCAAACGCGAAAGCAAAGAUCGGAGCUGCAACGGCAUGGAGCCUAUACCGCGCCGAGACAGCAAGGACAGGAUUGCCAACAUGCCAGAGGCUCUCCUUAGACAAGAUAGCAAGGACAGGACAAGCAACAAUGUGGACCUUUUCCAGCGCCGUGAUAGCAAAGACCGCGGAAAUAACAUUAGUGAUCUUUUGCCACGACGUGACAGCAAAGACAGGGGAUGCAAUGGAAUGGACUGCGUGCCAAGACAGGACAGUAAAGAAACGGGUAGGAAUGGAACCGAUUUAAGGCGCGACGGUAAAGACAGAGGCAGUCACGUCCCAGACGCCAUGUCGAGACACGAGAGCAAAGAAUCGGUUAGAAAUGGAUUGGAAGUGAGGCGGAAUAGUAAAGAGGGGGGCAGGAAGGAUUCGGAGAGUAGACGGGAUUGGGAUUCUAAGGAAAGGAACCACCACAGCACAGACACUAAGCGGGAAAGCAAAGACCGUGGUUGCAACUCUGCCGAUUUCGCAUCUAGGCGUGACUUCAAGGACAGGGGUGGGCACGUUCCAGAGCUGUUGCCAAGGCACGAGGGCAAAGAGAGGAUCACCUACUGCACAGAGCCCACUAAAACUAAUGAAUGGGAGGGUAUCACUGGGCCACCGGCCAUCGGGACGCCAAAUCGGCUUGGACGAUCAUCUGUUAGUCCAACUAUGAUGCUGGGAAAUACCAACUCAGAGCUGAAGACAGUGCAGAAAGUGGCUCGCUCCCCCUCCACUCCAGUGGCUCCGUCUCCCCUGGGGACGCCCCAGAGACAACCUCAAGAACCUCCACAGAGCCAGAUGCCACCCAUGCCCUGGGUUUAUGGCGACAGCACCAUGCUGGAAAUGAUCGAGCGCAAGCAGCGCCUCUGCCGGGAGAUCCGCUCACGGCAGCAGCAACCGCCACAGCGGCCGCCACUCAGGAGUCCAUGCAAACAGGAGAGCGCGCCUGCCCUCCCUGACUGGAAGAAGAGCAACGGGGCCAAGAAGUAUGGGCCUCCUCCCUACCCCAGCCAGACCACUGUAUUUUGGGACACUGCCAUCUGAACCUCUGAGUGAUGUCCCUAUGGACUAUAUCUCUGCCAACAUGCCAUCCCUUUGUAGGGGGGAGGCUAUGAGCAGGCUGAAUCAAAUAGAAAAGAGGAUGCUCACAUCAGGAUGAACAGCAGGUGGUUUUUCCAUAGCAAUAUAUCUGACGGUCAGGCUCUCCCAUCAUCGUUGUUAAUAUCUGAUAUUUUUAUAUUAUAAUGUGAUUUCUUGUAAUAUACCUAGUAUUAAUAGAUAUUUUCUAAAGAAAAAUUAACACAAUGUCUUCAAAGAUUAUGUAGAUUUAGAGCAUUGAAAUGUUUGUUUUAUACCUUUUUUUUUGUCUCAGACAUCGCUAUACACAAUCUAACGGUACCUAGUUGCAACAUUGUGAGCUUGUCCAGCCUCUUUUAAUUCAGACAUCAAAAUAAUUAAUUUACCAUGCUGAAAUGUAAAAAAAAAAACAUACUAUAUAGAAUGGAUUUUAUCUGUCCCUUACUGGGAUUUCUGUGGUGACUGGAAUAGGCCUGGCUGUCUUGUGGUCGCCUUUCGACGUGAAGGAUACUAUAUAUUAGGAAUGUGCAAUCCUGACUUCUGUAGCAGAUCAAUCCCAAUAACACCUUUUCCAUUUCUUGACAUUUUCAAUUCUACACUUGGAUUGUUUGAGCUUGUCAUGAGAUGAGUUUGCCUAACGUAGGCCUUUUAACACCUAUUGUGGUUGUUUAUGCCUAUGCAACUAGACACAUUUAAAGGCAGAGUUUGGAGCAAAAGAAUAAGCAUUUAUGUAUGUCAAGACAAAAGAAAAAGACGACUUUUAAUAGGGAGAAAAAAAUAAAAGUAGAUGUGGUGACCCAGUGAUUGGUGUGAGAGACCAGCAUGUGAGAUAGGGGGCUUCUGAACUCCAGCCUGGGGCGGAGGCAGUUUAUUGGGGGGAGUCGGCACCCUUCCCCCAGCCUGCACAGUGAAGACACCUGCCCCUCCAGUCCUUACACAGACGGCAGAACAAUCAAUGCUUGAGCUUUCUACACCUUAUUACUUCUAUUACUAACUUCAUUUUAUGCACUUGCUUGUGAAGGACGAAAACAGAAGAAAAAUAUUCCUGAUAUUGUUUCAUAUUUUUGGUACUGUCUGGAUGCUGUGCCGUAUAUUUAUAAUUGCGUAAGCAAAGGGAUUGUACUGUAUGACUGACUGAGAUCAUGUAAGACAAUCCAACACCAGCAAUUGGCUAACCCUUUUCACCACUGAUUAUGUGACAGGCACUCAUCGGAGGUCUGUUAGCAAUGACCCUCUAAUUGUAGCAACCAAUCGAAUCAAUAAUAAGGGGUCAAAAGCUACACUGAGGCAGAUAUUAAUGAUGCCUGUUUUUUUUUUUUUUUUUAAAAGCCCAAACAAAAAUAAAAAGAACUGCACUACCCAUAAUCCACCAUCAUACAGCAUUUGGCUGGAUACCUUCCACCCUCCCUCUACCUCAACCUUUCAAAUCAGUUGAAGUGGUUUUCAUUUGCACGUCAAAUGCAAGAUCUGCAUUGCCAAAGUAUUUUGGGUAUUGUAGUUGAAGCCCCCGCCCAACCUUAUCCCCUCUCCCACCACCACUCAACCUCCGUGGUUAGAUCAUCUGGAACAUGUUCUAAAAUGAGUUGCCUUGGAGACCACUGCUCACUGUGACUGGAAGAUGGGGUCACUCUUGAGUAAAAGGUCACAAAAGAAAAACACUUGAGAAAGGGAGUUUGUGAACAAAUGUGCAGGGGUCACAACAAUGCUGUGUUUGAAUUUUGCAGACACUAGUAUAUGCAGGCAUAUAGAGAUGUGUGGUAAAUAAAACUGGAGCUAAUUGAUUUCAUUAUCACUCAGGCUAAUCAAAAGUGGCCUGUAUGUUUGUUUUAUCUAUCAAAUUUUGAUCAUAUAAACAUGGAGGGUCUAAGAUUUUUGUAACCUGUGUGUGUGUAUGUGUGCGUAUGUGUGUGUCUAUAUGUGUGUGCCAAGCUACACUGGAUGCAGCUUCAUGCUGAGAUGAUUGUUUGACAUUCACUCCAGCCACACUGAGGCAUGGGGCUUUGAAAUGUAAUGAUCUCUUUUUUUUUUUUGUAUGUAAAAAUGUGCACUGUGAAAGGUAGAGUCCUCUGUCUUAUUGCACUGAGUGUUCUCUUAUCUGUAAAAAGUAUGCUGAUUGUCACAUCUGUCUUUUUGAGAGAAAUAAAUAUGAACUUCAA